CCGAGAUCAUCAUUUCUCUUCGAGAUAUUGAAGGAGAAGCUUUGCCAAAACGACUGCUAUUGAACCACACAAGCGACCACCGAGAAAAUUACCACGACGAUCUCACUUCACUCUUUGACAGUUUCAUCGCAGAAAACAUGUCUGGUGUGCCGUCUCACCUCCAUGACCACAUCUACUGGAGCAGAGAGCCCGGCAGGAGCCGGGACAGACCCCAGGCCAGCAGGGUCUUCAUGCGCUGCCUGGAUCACGACCGAUCGUUCGGCCGAUCGUGCGUUUGGUUCCACCUCGGUCGGUGUUUUGCGCGGAGCGCUCAUCUGCUGGGAGCAGGAAGAGACCGAGGGCGAGCAGCUCCGGAGGCUCUGAGGAACCUCCUGCGAGAAGACUGCGUGAGGGAGCUGCUGUCCUGCCUGACCAGAGCUCCAGCCCUCAACCCUCCACCUCUUACUCUCAGCCCUCCACCUCUUUCUCUCAGCCCUCCACCUCUUUCUCUCAGCCCUCCACCUCUUUCUCUCAGCCCUCCACCUCUGCCUCUCAGCUCUCCACCUCUGCCUUUCAGCUCUCCACCUCUUCAGGCUAUCCUGAUUCUGAUUCUUCUGAUUCUGAUUCUUCCUUUCAGCUCUCCACCUCUUCAGUCUGUCCUGAUUCUGAUCCUUCUGAUUCUGAUUCUUCCUUUCAGCUCUCCAUCCCUUCAGGCUAUUCUGAUUCUGAGUCUUCCUCUCAGCCCUCCACCUCUGUCUCUCAGCCCUCCUCCUCUUCCUCUCAGCUCCCCAUCUCUUCCUCUCAGUCCUCCAUCCCUAAUCGAUUGUACAUGUACAUGUUCAGUUUUCUCUACGGCCUCUCCGGGCGCCAUGCAGCUGAUCUCUCACCCUCUGUUCUCAUGUCAGUUGCAGUGAUGUUUCUGGAACGGAUGAUGGACAGUCCAUACACCCGAGAGAUGUGACCCUCCUGCCGGAAACCAGGCCAGACAUGGAUGAUGUACAAGCCAGAGGUGUGGACCCCCCACUGCUAACAGGCCGGGUGCAGAGCUCCACAGCUGGAGCGACUGAGCUGCACCAGUACCACACACACACACACACACACACACACACACACACACACACACACACAC